UGUUUUCUAAUGCUACAUCAAAAUAAGAAUACGUUUCUAACACACAAUUUUGCGUUUAGUGUUUAAGCAUUAACAAGAAAUAGUUGAACACUUUAAAAUGUUCUUCUCGAAUGCUUAGUCAUGGCUUUCUUCAGAGCAAUACCAAGCCUUCCACUAUUUCCAUCCGAUGAAGACAGGAAAUUCAGCCAUGUUGCUCUUGAAACGAUACACCAGGAAGUACAAACUGACCAUUCAUCACAGGUCUACGUGUCACGUGACAUAUUCACCCAAUCAGAUAUAGACGCAUUGUACGAGAGCUCAAAGCCUGCGCACAGUGAAUCUGAACGGAAGAGAAGAAUACCAAAAAUUUCUUGCACAGGGAAACGAGUAUUCAACCUGGUGUUUUAUUUCUUACCGAUUGUAACAGUUCUGAAAAAUUACUGGCAUGAUUUCAGAAGCAAAAUAAUUGGAGACUUCAUGAGCGGGAUUUCAGUGGCGUGUUUGCAUUUCCCACAAGGCUUAGCUUACGGAUUGUUGGCGUCACUGACCCCUGUGGAAGGGCUAUACUCCUCAUUCUUUCCAAUCUUAUUUUACACCAUAUUCGGAACAUCUCAGCACAUGUCGUUUGCAACCGAUUCAGUGAUAGCGAUUCUCACGGCGGAAGUAAUUGAUACGCAAGUGAAGAACGACUUCCUGUCGAGCUUUAAUUCGUCUGCUGCAUAUUCAAAAACUCAACUUUUGAAUUACAGAAUAGUCGUGUCGUCUGCAUGUACAUUUGUUUGUGGAAGCGUUCUGGUUGUCAUGGGGAUAUUUAGACUAGGAUUUCUGACUACAUUUCAAUCGAAAUCUUUUAUUGGUGGCUUUACGACAGCAGCGGCGUUCCAUAUAUUUUGUAGUCAGAUACAUAAAGCGCUUGGUAUAGAAAUUCCCCUUGUAAAAGGAAUAGGGAAGCUAAUUCUUACGUUUAGGUACAUUUUUGAAGAUAUCCGUAGCACAAACUUAGCCUCUUUGAUUGUUGUCAUCUUAUGUGUUACAUUUAUUGUUUUCAUUAAGGAUUUCAUCAAUGAAAGAUAUAAGAAAAAACUAAGGGUCCCUGUACCUGCAGAUUUACUGACAAUAAUUAUAGCAACAAUCAUUUCAACAUACACAAAUCUUGAAACGAAAUACGACAUUGAAGUUGUCGGCUCGAUCCCAGUAGGCAUACCGGAUCCUGCUAUGCCUGACCUGAACAUGUAUCUUAAUGUAUUUCCUGAGUGUUUUCAGAUGGCGUUGUUGAUAUUUUUCUUGAGUAUUGCAAUGGCAAAGGUUUGCGCGGAACAGAAUGAAUAUGAAAUAAAUGACAAUAAGGAGCUAAUGGCGUACGGACUUACAAACGUAGGCUGCUCCUUCUUUCCAUGCUUUCCGGCGUCGGUUUCACCACCAAGAAACAUGAUAUUAAGCUCGAUGGGGGCUAGGACUACAUUAAACGGCAUUUUCACAACCUGCAUAAUGUUAUUGGUUCUUUACGUGCUCGGACAGCUGUUUGCGCAACUUCCGGUUCCUGCUUUGGCGGCCAUGAUUUUUGUGUCUGUAAAACCGUUGCUACUUCAAGUUAGAUGUUUACCGCAAUUAUACCGGGUCAAUGUUUAUGAUAUGAUAAUAUGGAUAGCCACAUGCUCAAGUGGAAUUCUGCUUGACCUGCCGUAUGGGCUUAUCGUAGGAAUUGGGGUUUCAUUCAUAACAGUCGUGAUUCAAAGCCAGAAAACAGACGCUGAAGUAAAAUACCGUACCAAUGACCAUAUCUUCUUGAAAAAGGAACACCAGCCGCAUAUAUCUGUUUCAUCGAAAGUUGUAGUGUUCCAGAUGUGUUCUGCUCUUUAUUUUGCAACAUCGGAACGAUUCCGGAAGACAAUAUAUGAAUCGACCGUAAAUCCUCUAAAAAUGAAGUACAAGCCUGAAACUGUGAUUGAAGUAAAAUUUAGUUAUUCUUCAUCUACGGACACCUUUACCAGCGAAUCUCAGAAAAGCAACCGAACAAGUCAGGCCUCGGAUUUAGAUGGACCCCUAAAAGUGAUCAUAAUUGAUUGUAGCGCUGUGACUUAUAUUGACAUACAAGGGGUGAAUACACUGUCAGUCGUGUUUGAGGAGUACAGGCGAGCCGGAAUCAUUGUCUAUCUUGCAGCUUGCACGCCAUACAUGUGGAACUGUUUGAAGAAGUCGGACUUUUUCAAUGUUGUAUCCCGCGAAAGGGUAUUUUUUGAGUUGGAGGAUGCUUUUUAUGCGGCACAUCAAAGUAUUGUAGAAAUAAGAUGAUUUAUUUAAAGUCAUGAUAGCGUCGUCUAUAUAAUCAUGUGCAACUUUAAAGUGGUUGAUUGUCUAGCUUGUUAUCGAUGAUUCCUGCUUUUGUUUUGUUCCCGCAUACAAGAGAUAUAUCGUGACGGAAUCAGGAAUAUAUCGAAGCUCUGGCGAAUGGGAAUGAUAUUUUUGCUUAAGUUUUAAAGUUUGGUCAAUAAAAAGGUUGGUUCAAAACAUUAAAGGCUGAAUAAUUACACUUAUUUAUAAGCUCUAUGGUUGUUUAAUAAGACCUAAAGUACUAGUAUUGUGUUUACUCUUUGUUUACACGUAAUAAUAACACAAAAACUAUUACGAAAAGAAAUCUUACAUUCAUCUGGCUUUGAUGUCAUAAAACUUUAAGCUGAAGACUUACCUCGAAAUCAGUCGUUUUGAGCCCCAGACAGUUGAGCGAUACAUGUUUAAGACAACUUUUUGACUAAUUAAUUUGAUGACAGAUGUGUUUUUCAGUUGCUUUUUUUUUGUCUUUUUUUUCUCAAAACAUUAAUGUACUUUAUUCUUUGACACAUUUUAAUGUUUGCGCUUUGACAUUUUAAGUGAACUUAGAGAACGGACAAUACUUUAAAUAGUAAAAUAAAAAUCCUUGAAUACUGUAUUUGAAUAAAUGUUAUUAUAUACUCUUUUAAGCCUUUUUACCAAGCAUAUGGUCAAGUGCAAAACGUUUGUAAAUCCAAGCCUAAACUGAGUACAGCAAGAAUUAAAAUAACUUUUAAAGGUAACAAGUACGUUGAAAAAACAACAAUAGUGUAUUCUUUUUAUUGAUCCCACUUGCACGCAUUUUACCUUAGAUUAUAUAUUAUAUUUUAAUUAUGUUAUAGUACCGACUAUAAAUGUGUGUUUAAUAAAUGUUCCUUCAACUACAAAUGUAUAGUAUAUAUUCGCAAUUGUGUACCUCUUUUAUAAACUUAAUCACAAACAAUUAUUUAUCUUUAUAACUGUGAGUGUUAAAGCCGAUUUUAUACGCUCAGUAUCAAAUGAAACCGUUCUAGUUAUGUGCCUGUAUAUAUUUUAUCACACAGAAAAACUCGAAGGCAUUUGACAGUUGCACGCUCAUAGAAGAUUACUUGUCAUCAAUCGCGAAGCCGAUCCCUGUCUUCUAUAUGGGCCAUUCCCCUCUUCAAAACAAAAAUCUGCUUGGAUGUUAUAUGAUCGCAAGGCAAAAACCGGUCUUAUUGAUUAUAACAUUAAUAUUUUGUUUUUGUACAGACUUUUUGAUAAUGUAGUUAAUAUCAUUUCAACUUCUCAAUGGUUCAAAUUCAGCCCAUCGCUAUUUUGUCGUUAAUUAAAAUUACAAAAGAAGCCUCUGUAUGAUCCAAUAAGAUCAUGUAAGCAGGUUUGAUAAGAAUGUAAUAUUUUAUAUUUUUUGUUAAUUUCUCAUACUACUACUUCGAAAUAAGUGUCUUCUAUAUUGUUUUAGUGGUAAUGAAAUCUCUAAGAAAAUUUCCUGGGAGCACAAAACGCAACUAAGCAUAACAAUAGCAUACAGACUGGGUCUGUUCAUGAGAGGUAAUGAAAAGUGCAAUACCCCUCAUGCCCUCCUAUCACCGGCUUUAGCGUAAUUUUGUUCUAGUAAACUUUAAUGCACCCUGUGAUCCAAAAGAAAAAGAAAGUGUAACACCACUGAACACUUAUCAAACACCUAUUUAUCCCCGUAACUAAAGCUAAAUGAUCUUUCCUUCACUUCCAUUUCUUGGUGUUUUCUGUUUUUUAAGCAAUACUUUGUCUUUAAAUGUUUAAACAAUGCGCCAUACACGACAGUUAUCUGGGAGAAAAAAGAACAAGACAGGAUUGAUUGAUUGAUUGAUUGAUUGAUUAAGCUAUGAAUUUGCAACAUCAAUGACGAUAAAAAAUUAUGAACACAAUAAUCAGUUUCAUAUUAUGAUUAAGUAAUUGCUUGAAAUACUGUACAGAGUCUUUAUUUGUUAAUUUGCAAUUGUUUUUGAGUGAAAACAAAUACAAAUAUGUUGUUACAAAA